UGUAAUAAGGGAUACAGCUCAGCUCCAAAAGCCCAGGCCCCUAUUGCUUGACUACAGGAAAAUCUCCAUAGCUAGCUAAUGAUAUAGGCGCUAUGACACACAGUUGAUCGCUUCAGAUUCCAUUCCAUAGAGGGCAGUGCUGCACAUCAGCCAGUCAAUUCUAAUGCAAGCAACAGGUCUAGAGCUCACUAACAAGUGAGGUGGGUGGUUUAGGAGUGAAGGAAACAGCCACAGGGUGUUUCCAAUGUAACUAGCUGCCUUGUUUGCAGAGGUUGCGUAACCACAACACCAGCUUUGCCUUUUAAAGUAACAGAGGUAAAGCUGCCAGACCAGAAAAGCCAGCCCCAGAUAGCAGCAAGGGCUUUCAGGCAGGCAGUUCCUUAUCAGAAAACAGGCACUUGGCUCCUGUUCAAAAAGCAGGGAACUUUUCGCUCCUUGUGCACCUUUGUAUAUCACAGUGUGUGUGUGGACUUCCAUUCCCUCUUGUGCGCGCACAGCCUCAUGUGCUCUGACAGGAAUGAAGGCAGGCUGGUAGUUCCACAGCCUGUUCCUGGCUGUGUUGCUUAUGCUCCCGAAGACAGGAAGUUACCUCCCUUCAGAGGUGACUCACCUGGGCUUGGGAAAAAUCCCCAUCUUCCCAUCCCAGCUCAGAGUCAUUCAUGAAGGAGCCUCUGAUCUUUUGGGCUGUCUGUUCCCUGAUGGGCUGUUCGAUCACAGAGAGGUCACCGCUUCUGAAACAUGUAGCCUUUAGUUCUACAAACUUUGACAACAUCUUCAAGUGGGAAAGCGAAGUAGAGACUCCUCCAGGCAUGGUGUAUGAAGUCCAGUAUAAACGGUACGGAGACGAAGACUGGCUUCAGAAAAGUGAAUGCCAGAACAUCACGCAGCCCUUCUGUAACCUCACUCACGAGACGGAAAACUUCGGAGAGCGCUACUAUGCUCGAGUGAGGGCCAUAAUCCAGAAUUGCUGCUCCUCUGACUGGGUCCCUUCACAGAGAUUCUACCCCAGAGAAGACACUACUAUUGGAAAGCCGGAGGUGAAAUAUGUUCCUAGCGUUAGAUCCAUAAAGUUUUUCAUCCAACCCCCCUACACCCCUCUAAGAGAUGAGGAUGGUUCCCAGCUAACUGUGGAAGACAUCUACAACAGAUUUGGUACCAUCGAUUACCACAUGACGCUAUUCAGCCAAAAGACGCACCAAGAGUGGGAAAAGAAUGAGAACAACAAAGAAUUUGAAGUUUCCGACUUGAACCCAGACACUGAAUAUAAUGUCACAAUAUAUCUCAAGCACUUAGAAAAAAGAAGCCAGCCUUGUGUGUUUUGCAUUAGUACGUUACCAGGUGAGCCUGCUAAAUCUGCACCUCUGAAUUAGAGGACCGUGUAGUUGGAAAUGGGAGAGGACAUGGGUGGUGGGUGAAGCUAGCACUGGCCCGGCCCCUUCCAACCAAGGCUCUACCCCUCCGCCCGCUGAAGCUCUGAGCACUCCUCCCCCUUCUCCCUCUCCUCUCCCCGCUGUGGCCAGAGGAGUCCCAUCCCAGCCGCGCUGGCUGGCCUGACCCCCAAGCCACCCAGGGCUGCUGGCUGGCCCGAGCCGCCCC